AUGCCCCUGGCUCGACAAGCAGACCAGUACGCCCCCAUAGGCACACCACUCCCACUGAGCGCGGACGUGGAAGAAAGUCGACCAGAAAUCGGCGGCUCGUUCGGCGGGUUUAUUGCCGUGGUCAUCUUCCUCGUUGUAAUCUUCCUCUCCUCCUGCAUCGGCAUCUUCAUCCUCCUCCGAAACCAUGACCCGACCUCGCACGAGCGCCGCGCACGAAGAGCCCGCGCGCGCGAUCGGGACUUCUCCGCGGAGGCUCCUAUAGGGCCGCCCGGCAUCCGCGAGCGCCUGGCCCGAUUAUUCGGCAGGCGGGAGGGCUGGGUGAAAGCGUCCGAGGGGGAGGACCAGGACGAAUGGGACGCGUCCGACGACCGCAUCCCGAACCCCUUCCACUCGCUCAGGGAACGCGAUCGGGCACACGACCAGUACCCCGCGUCGUUCGCGAGCCGCCCGUCCGCACAGGACGUCGCACGCAGCAUGAGCGCGGACUCCGUCGAGGUCGAGCUUAGCGCGCCGGACGCGGCCUAUUACAAGGCACCCUCCUCGAUAUCGCCUGGGACGUCGCUGCUGCAGUCUGAGCACGAUGAUGAGGGAUCUUCUAGCAUUCACAUGGCCCCUGUAUCGUCCCGGGUGUCUCAAGUUCCGCAGACCACGGUCAUCCCCACCCCUGAGCGUGCGCGGGGCCCGUCCGCGGACCAAGAUGAAAGGCAUUUCUCGGUGCCUGCAGGGACUUCGUGGCGCGGCGAGGACAUCGACGGCGGCCGUGUCCGCUCCAUGCAGAAAUUCGAGAAUGGUACGAAAUUCAAGGAGAGCCUCUGA